AUGGGUUCUUGUGGUUUUCUAGUAAACGUGAAGAGAAGUGAGGUAGUUGCAGCAGCUUCAGCGCAAGAGCACUGGUUGCCCAUGUCAAACCUAGAUUUGCUCCUACCUCCUCUGGAUGUAGGAGUUUUCUUCUGUUACAAGAAAAACAAUGAUACUACUAGUAUCCCUGAGAAAAACCUCAUGACUACUCCUACUGAAAGCAUGGUUGCUGCCGUCAAGAAAGCUCUUGCUCAAGCACUUGUUUCCUUCUAUCCUUUUGCUGGAGAAGUUGUCCAAAACCGCCUUGGAGAACCUGAGCUUCUUUGUAACAAUCGUGGGGUUGAUUUUCUCGAUGCUUUUGCUGAUAUUGAGCUAAAAGAUCUUGAUCUCUAUCAUCCUGACACCUCCAUUCAUGGAAAGUUUGUCCCAUUUAAAAAGCAAGGAGUGCUUUCUAUUCAGGCCACAGAACUCAAAUGUGGUAGCCUAGUGAUUGGAUGCUCAUUUGAUCACAGAGUAGCAGAUGCUCAUUCUGCUAACAUGUUCUUUACAGCAUGGGCAGAGAUUGCUCAAGCAAAAGGCACUGCAACUUACACUGCACCAUCCCUCAGGCGCUCAAUGUUGAAUCCCCGACGCCCUACUACCUACGAUGCAGCAAUCGAUGAUUUGUACGUAUUAUUGUCGUCUUUACCACCACCAAAAGAGCCGAAAGCUAGCGAUGAUCGCCUCUUGAGUCGCAUCUACUACAUAGAAGGGAAAGAAAUCGGACAGCUUCAAUCCAUGGCUAGUUACAAUGGAUGCAGAAGGACGAAACUCGAGUCUUUCAGCGCCUUCCUGUGGAAAACCAUAGCAGAAGGGAGUUGUGCACAAAUUAAAAAAAUUAACCUAGGCAUUGUCGUCGAUGGACGUAAAAGGCUAAAGGGGAGGUAUAAUGAAGAGAAAAAUUUUUCCAUGCAAAACUAUUUUGGGAAUGUGCUGUCAAUCCCAUAUGCUGAAGCAAGUGUACGUGACCUCAAGGAAAUGAAUCUUGAAGGGGUGGCAGAUAUGAUCCAUGCAUGCAUAGAGGGUGCAAACAAGGAAGAUCAUUUCUUGGGGUUGAUUGAUUGGGUUGAGGAACAUCGACCGCAGCCAGCUGCUGCAGCAGUCUAUUUCAAAAGUAGUGAAGACGAAGAAGCAAUCGUGAUUUCCUCAGGGCUAAGGUUUCCAGUGGCUCAAAUGAAUUUUGGAUGGGGAAUGCCUGAUUUUGGAUCCUACCAUUUUCAUUGGGGUGGCCAGACUGGGUACGUAAUGCCUAUGCCAAGUGUGAGUAGAGAAGGAGAUUGGAUUGUUUACAUGAAUCUCUUGAAGAAGCAUUUGGAUAUUGUGGAAUCUAAGUCUGCUCAUGUGUUUAGGCCAUUGAAUCCUGCUUAUUUGAAGAUGAACAAAGGCUGCUGGAUGUAA